AGUUCUUUAUCAACCGACAACAUGUUCUAUACUGGAGACGUCAUAAUUUUUCAAAUUCAUGUUUUUGAACAAUUUUCUUGCCACAUAGGUACAUUAGGGAUGCCAGCUGUUUAAAAUCAUGGUAAAGCAAACCAUUCAGAUAUUCUGCCGUGUGAAGCCGACCAGGUUAAAAACAGGGAUAUACUCUGUAGAAGAAGAUGAAAACACGACAAAGUCAAACCUUGAAUUUAUUUUACCAAAAGACUCUACUGAAGGAUAUAUAAACAACAAAAAAGAAUCCUACAAUUUCUUUUUUCAGCGAGUAUUUGAUCAACAAGUGAAACAAGAUGAUGUUUUUGAGCAUGUUGCUCAAGGGGUUGUUGACAAUGUGCUUUCAGGUUACAAUGGAACUAUCUUUGCUUAUGGACAGACUGGUAGUGGUAAAACUUUCACUAUUACUGGGGGUGUGGAAAAGUACGCAGAUCGUGGAAUUAUACCAAGAGCUCUGUCAUACAUGUUUAAAAAGUUUGAAGAAGACAAAGAUCAUCUUUACACAACAGAAAUAUCCUAUCUUGAGAUUUAUAAUGAAAAUGGAUAUGACCUGCUCGACCCGAGACAUGAGGCAACAAAACUGGAAGACCUCCCGAAAGUUGCUUUGAUGGAGGAUCCGGAUCAAAACAUUCAUCUGAGGAAUUUGUCUCUUCUUCCAGCUCAAAAUGAAGAGGAAGCUUUAAAUCAUCUUUUCCUGGGAGAUACAAACAGGAUGAUAGCUGAAACACCAAUGAACCAAGCAUCCACUAGAUCUCAUUGUAUCUUCACCAUCCAUGUCACUAGUAGGGAACCAGGUUCAGCUACAAUUAAAAGAUCGAAACUUCACCUUGUUGAUCUGGCUGGAUCUGAAAGAGUUUCAAAAAGUCAAGUUGGUGGGCAGUUACUUACUGAAGCCAAGUACAUCAACCUAUCUUUGCACUUCCUUGAACAAGUGAUUGUUGCUUUGUCGGAAAAGAAGCGCCAGCAUAUUCCAUAUAGAAACUCAAUGAUGACUUCUGUUUUAAGGGACAGCUUGGGUGGGAACUGCAUGACAACUAUGAUAGCUACUGUUGCUGUAGAUAAGAAAAAUUUAGAUGAAUCCAUUUCAACAUGCAGAUUUGCACAACGGGUAGCAAUGAUUAAAAACGAGGCAACAUUGAAUGAAGAACUGGAUCCCAAAUUGAUGAUUAUUCGAUUGAAGAAAGAAGUCCAAGGAUUAAAAGACGAGCUUGCGCUGGUGACGGGUGAUGUUCGAACGGAUCAAUUGACACAGGAGGAACUUGAAAGAUUAAAUGAGUUGAUUGGAAUUUAUCUUGCUGAUGAUGAUUUGGAAGCAACAUUAGAUGUUGGUGGAGACACAAGGAAAAUACAAUAUUGUUAUAACUUUCUUAAGAAGAAAAUAAAAGAACGGAAAGAGCCGGAUGAGGUUGAAACUGUGCAACAUGUACCUCAAGAUGACGGACCUACACUGAGUCCAACUGAAGUACAAAGACUUAGAGAAAUACUGCAACAAAGAGACAAUGAAAUAAGUAUACUUGUAACAAUGCUGAAAAAAGAAAGAAAACGAGCUUUGAAUGCUGAAAAUAAUGUGGUGGAAAGUGCAAGGAAGGUCCAAACACUAGUGGAGUCCCCACCUUAUCGCAAGGAAACUUAUUCUGUGCCAAAACCUGAACCAACAACAAGAAAAAGUAGAAUUAAAGAUGUUGAAAUGUCGGCAGGCCGACAAGAAGCAUUUGAAUUAUAUAAACGUGAUUACACCGAAUCAGAGGGAAUAGUUGAGCAAAAGGAACUUCUUAAACAUCGAUAUGAAGAAGCAAAAAAACUUGGGCAGGAAAUCAAUGACUCAAGAAAUGAACUGAACCAUUUAAAAUCGACACUGGAGAGAAUUCGAAAACAAACUGCAAUACAAAGUACUUUGGAUGGUGAUGAUUCAUUUGAAGUUAAUGAAAGAGAACAAGCGACAAUCCACGCAAUGGAAGAUAUUAAAGCAAGGUACAAAGUGUCUUUCAAUCGUCUCAAAGCAAUGAAAGCUGAAAUUGAUCAUUUGCAUCAUCUACUUGAUAAGUCACGGGUUCAAAUGCAGCACGAUUUUGAUCAAUGGUGGGAAUCACAAACUCGUAAUGGCCAUGCAACAGGACAAAGGCGCCCAAACUCCCACAGCAGAAACAGAUAUAAUGGGAAUGAACCACGUCUUCGAGGAAACCAACAAGCAUGGGGUACUCCCCCAAUUUCACCCCAUACUAAAAACGGUAGGGGUGAGGUUAUUUCCCCUCCCCCCGCAGGCUCCCUUUCUCCACGCGAAUCCUCUCUAAAAACUGGCAAAAAUGCCUUGACGGACCUUAGGCACGGCCAUGGCGACCGUUACGCCGGCGAAACAGUGGCGCAAAGGCGUCAAGGUUCUGAUGCUAAUUAUCGUUAUUCUCCUGGUCGUCCUCCUUCAGCUCCGAGAUCAGAACAGAGAAAAGUUAUGAGUGGUAGCUCAGAUAACCCAAGUAGACCUCACAAUAUUCCGUUAACUGGUGACAAAGAAACGGACGCAGAUAUUAUGGCGUUUAUAAAGGCGCGUGAAACUUUAAUGCAACGUAACUAAUGUAUUUGUAAAGUGAGUUGAGUAAUUUUGCACUACGGUCUGGUUUACCAUGGUGACUUACGUUUUACAGAUUAGAUUCAUGUGGUAUGUUUUUAAUUUAGUUUUUUCAACACUAUAUUUAUAAUAAAAGCUAAAGUAAACUUACGUGGGUAUUUGUAAAUAUUAUGACGACGAAAUGUGUCUGUCGCGUCACUAUUGGCUUUUGUUGCAACCUAACGGUUAACAGGUUAGGUAAAUAAAGUUUAGGAAAUUAAAUUUAAAAUGGCAUCAACAUCUGAAGAGGUUUUGAGUUCAAACAACCCAGAGACGUACAGCAGCGAAGUUCUAAAAUGCAUCAGCCAAAUGCGAGGGCAAAGCGAACGGGUCGAUACAGAAAUCGCAACAAUUGAGACUGAAAAAAGGAAACUACAAAACGAUAUUCGUUAUCUCACUGACCGACUUGCAAAGAUAAACUAUCAGCUUGCCCAGAAGACGCAGUUUCGUACCGAGCUUAACAAAACGAUCAAAGACACCGAAAACGCGUACGGGAAAUUAAUAGAAAGCUCGCAGGUGUUAUAUAAGUCUGUGAAAGCUACGCGAAACAACAUACUGCAGUCGUCACACACAAAGACUGACCCUCAAUACCAAGAAAGACAUCAAGCCCCGAAAGAAAAAAGCCAGGCUAACCUGACGAACGUUGAACCAGGCAACGAAGGGAUGGUCGUCGCAGCGGCUGUGGCCACUGGUACUGACUACAAUAAAAAAUGACCCUUUUUGCCGCUGACGUUAGUAAUAUAUUGCUAACUGUGACUGCCAAUUGCAUCUUAUAAUAUUUAAGAAAUUUGGGCUUAAGAGGUAGCGUAUAUAUUUAAUUAAAUCUAUGAUAAAAUAUACCACGCAAUACAGUACCAAAGA